AUGGGCAUAGAGACGUCUCCCGAUGUCGAGGAAUCGACGGAGCCUCCUAUAUGUGGCUUGAAGGAGCACACUUCAAAUCCACAUGCAAUUGCGGCCCUAAGCUUUGAGCCUUGCGAUACCAAUGAAAAGCCUACGUCGGCACCGGCCAGUCAUAGUCUGCCUGCUGGCGCUGACCUGAAAUCAUCAUCCGACGCAUUGCAAAGCCUCGACGGCCAAGUCAGAAAUACCCAUCUUCUAGAGCCAUCUGAUAUCGCCGGGCUCCUUCAAACCGACCUACACAAUGGGCUUUCUAGUGUUGAGGCCGACGAGCGCCUCAAGAAGGAUGGUCCGAAUGCGGUCCGCGAAAUUAAGGGCAUCUCCGUCUGGGGGAUACUGCUAAGACAGGUGUCCAACAGUUUGACCAUAGUUCUUCUGAUCACCAUGGCACUGUCCUUUGGAAUCGAUGAUUACAUUGAAGGUGGAGUCAUCACCGCUGUCAUUCUCCUGAACAUUAUCGUGGGCUUUUUCCAAGACUAUCGAGCCGAGAAAACCAUCAUGUCGCUGCACCGUCUCUCCGCACCGAUAUGUAAGGUCAUACGAGACGGCCGAGUGGCUUCUGUCAAGGCCGAAACGGUGGUGGUUGGAGAUAUUGUUCAAUUGGCUGUCGGAGAUAUCGUACCUGCGGAUCUGCGACUCUUUGAAGGCAUGAAUGCUUCAAUGGACGAAGCACUUCUGACAGGCGAGUCCCUGCCGGUUCUCAAAACACCACACGCCACGUUGGAAUUGUCGAAUAUUCCUAUUGGUGACCGCACAAACAUGGCAUAUUCCGGGUGCAGCACCACUCAGGGCCGCGCAACAGGAAUAGUGGUUGCGACUGGGAUGGACACGGAGGUAGGGAAGAUUGCCCAGUUGCUUCAAAUGCAAGCUGCCACCGGUGAUGCAGGUUCUCUUACCCGGGCAUUUUGGCGGAUCAAGUCUUCCAUUGCGAAGAUCUUGGGUCUUGUCGGCACGCCGUUACAAGUCAAGCUCAGCAAGUUUGCGCUUCUGCUCUUUGCGCUCGCUAUUCUUCUGGCCAUCAUUGUGUUUUCCGUCAAUCUGUGGGAUGUCCAAGGCGAGGUCUUGAUUUACGGCAUUUGUGUCGCUGUGGCUGUGAUUCCAGAAUCUUUGAUUGCAGUGCUUACUAUCACGAUUUCAGUGGGUACGAAGGCCAUGGCCAAGGGCAAUGUCAUUGUCCGAAAGCUCCAAUGCUUAGAGGCAGUCGGUGGUGUCACAAAUAUCUGCUCAGAUAAGACGGGCACUUUGACCCAGGGGAAGAUGAUUGCCCGCUGUGCCUGGAUCCCGGGUGCUGGAACCUUGUCGAUACACCAGACAACCGAUCCAUAUGACCCGACAAGUGGUGUAGUUCAGCUGGAUGAGAUCGAUUGGAACGCAGAUUGCCCCAUUGAGAAACACCCUGCCUUGCAUACUUUUCUCUCCGCCAUUGCACUUUGCAAUGUAUCAGUUGUGCAUCACGACCGCAACAUUUGGAGUGCGGUUGGGGAACCAACGGAAAUCGCCCUCCAUGUCCUUGCCACACGAUUCAACUUUGGAAAGAGCGCCGUCGUCAACCGACGUGGAAUUCGGCUAUAUACCGAGUAUCCCUUCGACUCGGUUAUCAAGAAGAUGACAGUCGUCUACCGCAAUACCGAGGAGAUGGUCAACGAAACAUAUGCCAAAGGUGCCCCGGAAGCUAUCAUACCAUCUCUGUCAAUCUCGGAAGAUAAACAGCGCGUCAUUCAAGAAACGGCAGAGAGGAUGGCGGGCGAAGGCCUCCGCGUUCUCUGUAUAGCCUACAAAAAGUCGCCAAUCGACGAUGAAAAGGAAGUUGCUCCACGAGAGGCUGCUGAAUCCAAUCUUCAAUUCGGAGGUCUGGUUGGGCUUUAUGACCCUCCCAGGGUCGAGACGGCCACAGCAGUCCGCAAAUGUCAGAUGGCGGGCAUUACUGUGCACAUGCUGACGGGCGAUCAUAUCAAGACUGCCACGGCAAUCGCCUCUGAGGUUGGAAUCCUUGAUCGGGUCGCUGCUAUCGCAAAAUCGAAACAUUUGGUCAUGGCGGCAGACGAGUUCGACAAGCUGACGGACGAUGAAAUUGACGCAAUUGAAGAAUUGCCCCUCGUAAUCGCCCGUUGCAGUCCGGCGACGAAGGUCCGCAUGGUCGAAGCCAUGCACCGUCGUCAAGCUUUUUGCGUCAUGACUGGCGAUGGAGUCAAUGACUCCCCUGCGCUCAAGAGAGCCGACGUCGGUAUUGCCAUGGGCAAGAACGGCAGCGACGUGGCCAAAGAGGCUGCAGACAUGGUCCUCACGGAUGACAACUUUUCAUCUAUCGUCAAGGCAGUCGAAGAGGGAAGGAGAUUAUUUGACAAUAUUCAGAAGUUUCUCAUGCAUUUGCUCGUCUCAAACAUUGCUCAAGUCAUCCUGCUACUCAUCGCCCUUGCAUUCAAAGAUGUGGGAGGAGAUUCUGUUUUUCCUCUUUCUCCACUGGAGAUUUUGUGGGCGAACCUGGUCACCUCGUCGUUCUUGGCCGUGGGACUUGGUCUUGAGGAGGCUCAGCCGGAUCUCAUGUACCGUCCGCCACAUGAUCUGCGUGUCGGAGUAUUCACGCGGGAACUGAUCGUCGAUAAAAUGAUAUAUGGGACCUUCAUGGGAUCCCUCUGCUUAGUUGCAUUUGUGUGUGUCAUUUAUGCCGCAGGCACUGGCACAUCGGAUUUAGGUGAUGGAUGCAAUCAAGGACACAACCCGACCUGCGACGCAGUUUUCCGAGCACGCGCCACGACUUAUGCCACUCUGACCUUUCUUCUGCUGGUGACCGCCUGGGAAGUCAAACAUUUCUCGCGGUCCCUAUUCAACAUGGACCCGGUCCGGUUCCCCCAGCGACUUUCUAUCUUUCCCACGCUCUGGCAAAAUCGCUUUCUGUUCUGGGCUGUGGUGGCUGGGUUUGUAGUGACGUUUCCUGUGAUCUACCUGCCAGUUGUAAACCAGCUCGUCUUCAAGCAUCACUCCAUUACCUGGGAAUGGGGGAUUGUCUUUGGUUGCACGGCUACAUACCUAUUGUGUGUGGAGAGCUGGAAAGCAGUCAAGCGAGCAUUUGGUAUUGGAAGUGGUAAGAAUGCCAUUCUCACUUUGGAAGAUGCAGAGGCUCGGGCUGGUUUGAACAGCCCAUCACCACUCUCGAUGAGUGCCAACACAAGUGUGGAAAUGAAAUGA